AUGUCCUCCCCCUUCAUCAGCAAAGUCUCCAAGCUGAACCUCAGCCCCGACUCGCGCAAGGGCACGCCGCCCAAGCUCCGCCGCGAGCAAUCCGGCGCCACCGAGCAGACCGAAGAGGACCCUAGCGUGCCCACCACCCCGACCCCGAAGGGCAAGGCCUCCGCCGCGCGGCACCAGUCCGAGCAGCGCGACUCGCCCGUCCCGGCGCCCAAGGAGGCGUCCGCUUCGGCUUCUGCGUCGGGCUCCCGCGCCCAGAGUCGCGAACCGCACGACGAAGAAGAGAACGGGCAGGAGCAGCCGACUCCGAGUCUGAACGGCGGACCCACCGAGUCGCACCCCGAGCACCUCGAUCUCUCCGUCCUCAAGGGCCUGGAGGUCGGCGAGGACGGGCUCAUCCACGACCAGGACGGGAAUGCGAUUGGUCGACUCGUCGAGGGCAAGCCCGAGGAUCUGGUCGGCUAUACCGUCGGCGACAACGGGGAGAUCCUCGACGAGGAUGGCGAUCUGAUCGGCGUCGUCGAUGUUCUGGCGGAGGCGUUCCAGAACCAGCAGGAUGGCGCUGCCGACACCGUCGGCCAGGCCGCGGACACUGCUACCGCUGCGGUGAGCAAUGUCGCCGACUUGGCCGGGAAGGCUGUCUCGGAGUCGGGCGACAUCAAGGACGAUGCCGGCCAGACUGUUGGGAAGCUCGUCGAGGGCGAGCCGGAGGAGCUGGCGGGCAAGGUGCCCAACGACCAGGGCGAGAUCCUCGGCGACGAGGGCGACGUUCUUGGUCGCGUGGAUGUCGCUUCGCAGGCGAAGGAAGCGGCGGGAAAGGCUGACGAAGCCAAGGAGACUGUCGCCGAGAAGUCGGAAGCCCCUGGCUCGCAAGCUCCAGGAACCGAAGCUGCUGGCACUGAAGCCGACGAGGCUAAGGAGACUGUCGGUGACAAGUCCGAGGCCCCUGGCUCUGAGGUUGCUGGCACCGAGGCUGAGGGUGAGGCCAAGGAGGCCCCGGAGGAGGCUGCGGAGGCGGCGACCGAAGGUGUUCCUGAGAGUGCUCCGGAAGAUACCGCCGAGGAGAAGUAUGAGACCGCUCAGGAAGAGGUCCCCGAAGAGGCCCCUGAGGUGGCCCCUGAGGAGGCCCCGGAGGAGGCAGCCGAAGAAGGUACAGAAGCGGAGAAAGAGCUUCCCCCCAUCUCCUCCCUGGAGGGCCUGCGGUGCAACAAGCUGGGCAAGAUCAUCAACCCGGCCACCGGCAAGCCCGUUGGAGAGCUGAUCGAGGGUGAUGCGAAGAAGCUCGCCUCUCUCGGUGCUCAGCUUGACGACAAGGGCCAGUUCUGGGACAACCGCGGCAACGUCAUCGGCCGAGCCCAGACCCUCGCUCCUGAGGAGUACCCCGAUGAGCCACCUUUCGGCGGCUUGGAGGGCCUGCAUGUCGUCGAGGACGGCUGGGUUGAGGACCAGAACGGCAAGCGCGUCGGCAAGAUCGUCGACGGCGACGCCAAGAAGGUCCUCGGCCGUCCCGUUGACGAGGACGGUGAUGUGACCGACAAGCACGGCAACGUUAUCGCCAAGGCGGAGUACUACGAGGCUCCCGACGAGGAGCCCGAGCCCGAAGUCGAGCCUGAGAAGAUCGACCUCUCCAGCCUCGAAGGUCUCACCCCCAACAAGCUCGGCUAUGUGAUCGGUCCCAAGGGCGUCCCCAUCGGUCGGGUCGUUGAAGGUAACCCGAAGGAGCUGGCCGGAAAGGAGAUCCACGAUGGCCAGAUCUACGACGGUCCUAAGCCCAUUGGGCGGGUCGAGCUGAUCCCCGAGAACGAGCGCGAGAAGAAGCCCGAGGGACCGUUUGCCGGUCUGGAGGGCCUCGUGGUCAACAAGGAAGGAUUUGUUGAGGACGAAGAGGGUAACAUUGUCGGCAAGGUGACCGAAGGUGAUGUGAAAAACCUGCGUGGACGGGCUGUCGAUGAGGAUGGAGACAUCAUCGACAAGUUCGGCAGCGUCAAGGGCCACGCCGAGCCCUACGAAGUGCCCGAGGAAGAAAAGCCCGAGGAGGUGGAUCUUUCUAUCCUUGAGGGCAAGGUCGUCAACAAGGCCGGUAACGUCGUGGACGGGCAGGGCCGGGUCUUCGGUCGUGUCGUCUCUGGCGGCAAAGGAUUGGCCGGACGUAAGGUUGACAAGAAAGGUCAGAUCUGGGGUGACGAUGGCAAGGUCAUUGGCCAGGCUGAACUCGUCCCCGGAGCCGACGAGCAGAAGCCCGAGGGCCCAUUCUUUGGCUUUGACAAUGCGGUCGUCGGAAAGGACGGCGUGGUCACCGAUGGCACUGACCGUAUCAUUGGUCGUGUGAUCGAGGGCGAUGCCAAGCGCCUGCAGGGCCGCAAGGUCGACGAGGAUGGCGACAUCCUCGAUAAGAACGGCAACCCCAUUGGCAAGGCCGAGCGCUGGGAGCCCGAGGAGAAGAAGCGCAAUGUCAACCCCAUGGCUGGCCGCAAGGUCAACAAGGAGGGCGAGGUGCGCGAUGCUGAUGGCAACCUCAUCGGCAAGUUGACCUCAGGUGAUCUUCCUUCGUUGAUCGGUAAGGAGAUCGAUGACAACGGCUACGUGGUGGACAACGAUGGCAACAAGAUUGGCGAAUGUACCUUGAUCGAGAACAUCCCCGAGCCCGAGCCCGAGCCCGAGGAGCCCGAGGAGGAGGUGCAGGAAGAGGAGCCCGGUCCAUCUCCCGAGGAAUUGGAGGCGAAGAAGAAAGAGGAGGAGGACCGUCAGCUGGCCAAGAAGAUGAGUGCGAUUGUUGGAUCCACCUUGGACCGCCUUCGUCCUAUCUGCAAGAUGAUCUCCGAGCACGUUGACAAGGCCGACCGCACUCCGAAGGAGGAGCUAGACGAGGAGCAGCUGGUCAAGGACGUCAAGCCUCUCCUGGAAGAGGGUGGCCAGAUUCUUCAGAAAUGCAACGGCGCGAUCCGGGCCCUCGACCCCGACGGACGCAUCGCCGCCACUGCUAAGGCCCGCGCCGCCUCGCACGAGGCUUCCCCUGAGGAAUACGCGCUGGCUGACCAGCUCAAGGAGCUCACCGACACGGUGCUGCGCACGAUUGACAACGGCAAGAAGCGUAUUGCUGGCAUGCCUCACGCCAAGAAGGAGCUCAAUCCCCUCUGGGGGCUGCUCAGCGAGCCUCUCUUCCAGAUCAUCGCGGCUGUCGGCCUGCUGCUGAGCGGUGUGCUUGGUCUGGUGGGUCGUCUGCUGGAAGGUCUGGGACUGGGACCCCUCGUGAAGGGCCUGCUCGGUGGCUUGGGUCUGGACAAGCUGCUCAGCAACCUGGGAUUGACCUCGCUGACCGACGCCCUGGGCUUGACUGGCCGCAAGAAGAAAUAAAGGUGGAGCGCGACCCGUGGUUGAGACUGUGAUCUUAUAUCUUUUGUGGUGUUCUGUGACGACGAGCUUGAUACCUGUAACGUUAGCUGAUGUCUGAUGUUUGAUUUCGACAAUUUGAAUGUCUUUGUAUUGUGUG